AUGGAUGAUCAUUCAGAAACUAGUUCAGAAAAUGAUUGUGGCAAGGUGUUUUCAAUUCGAGAUAUAAUUGAAUUCAUUCGAAAAAACCAUUCUUUUCAAUGCAAAUCGGUUAUAUCUGUUAAAUGUAGGAAAGAAAUAUUUUAUUUCAUACAACAAAAAUGCGGUGGUUGUAAAUGGGAUAGUAAUUAUAUUUCAUUACUAAACAAUGAAAUUGUAAAUUUUUCAUUAGUAUUAUCAAGAAAACUUUUGAAAUGUAAUAGGAAACUUGAUAAAUUUUAUACCAUUCAUAAUGCGUGGCUUAAUACUAAAUUUGAAAUGCCUCAUUUAAAACCUAAGUCUUUAAUACCAAAAGCUGCUAAUUUUGGUCGUACACCUAAAACAUUUACCGAGUCAUCUGAACGAACUAAACGUCGAAAAAUGACUAAUUCGAUUGAGUCUUCGAAUAUGACUUCCCCAGAAAUAAUAUACGCCUCAAAUAGAAAAAUGCAACAGAGUGGACAAAGAAGUGUCGUCCGACUUUUUAAAAAUGCUACAAUGUCACCUAAUAGAAUUUUUAAAAUUAAAAAUGCGAUUAAAAAAUCAAAAUUAACUGAAAUUAUUCCAUUUACUGCUGACGAAGCUUUGGCUUUUUUUUGUUGA